GUACCGCGGAGGAAACUCUCAACAGCUGUUCUCUGCACACGCUGCGACCCGUGUCAACCGCUCCUACGCAUCCGUAAUUAUUAUCGUUCCCGUUUCGAGGUUGAGGAAGCCAGCAGCAACGGCAAGAAGCAAUCCAAGCUAUUCUUCACUCGCCGCUCCCCAACGGAAUCUUCACCGCCGAUCGGCACGAGCCGCUGCCUCACACAAUUUAAAAAGCGGAACCAAAAGACUUAGACAGCAACAACGUCAACGGAAAGCAGGCUUUUCGCCUCGUCGCCCGUAAAGCAGCUUAAGCACACAACGCUAAAACCACCUACGGCCUUUACGCAUCUCUCUGAAGUAGUGCAAGUUUCCCUUCUUAUUGCUGCGUGCUACAUUUCUGCAUUCAUCAUUCGGGGAAGGCAGCAAUCUCCCCGCUUGAAGCGCGUUGCAGUGAAUCACUCUAUUCUUCUUCUUUUCGUGCCUCUCUGAGGUAGGGAAGCGGAGAUCCAAAAGGAAAAAGGCUCUUUGACUCCUUUUUUUUGCUUUGCUGGUGACUUUGCUGUUGCACUCAUAGGCUCACAAUACCGCAGAGCCGCUGCGCAGCUUGAAAGCGGUGCAAAGCGACACCAUUCUCUUCCACAUUCCAAGACCACUAUAGAACGCCAACACACUAGAGAGGAAAGCAAAGAUGGCGUCUCGCUUCCGGCAGUUGUUGGUGAGCGACAGUGAGGAGGACAGCGCCGACAGGGCGGUGAUCGCGCCUCGCGACGAUCGAAGCAACGGCGUGCCCUCUGCCCACGCGACCCCCCCACCCACCGACAUUUCGUCUCAACCUGCGCGAGCGGUGCCGCCUGCUAAACCAGCGGAAAGCGGCGUUGCCUCCGUUCGCACCGGCACCCCACGCAAUGGCAGUGUGGCUUCCUCCAAGCCGGUUGUGUUGGAGUCUAGCUCUCACGCAGGGUCACGGGCUGCGGCGCACCGGUCCGGCUCGACGGAUGCCACCUCGAUUGACUUCGACGUAGACCAGACACCGAACCGCGGAGCUGAUAGAGCCGCCUCAGCCGCCGUGGCGCUCUCCAGCUCGCAGCACAGCCUCACCUUCGACGUGCAUUCGAACAGCGCCACACCAUCGGUGGGCGGGGGGUUGGCGCCGGCGGUGCCCGUCCCUCGCCGCACCGGGGGCGGGUUUGUACGCCAGACGCCGGAGAAUACCUCGCCGCGAGGGGCAACGGCCCCGCAAGAGGCUACGCCGAGCUUCAUCGACUUGAUCAAUGACAGCCUGCCGCAGCAGGGCGUGGCUUCCGUCGACCAGGGCACGCCACUCGAGUCCAGCGUCGCCUCCAGCGGGAGCGGUACUCAGAAGAAAAGGACGAAGGUGGUGCGACGCAAGGUGGUGACGCGACGCCGCAGGCACGGAGACCCAAGCGAUCCUGGUGAGGUGAUGCGUGAGGACGGGCAGGCGAUCCCCCCCGGUCGCCAGAACGGAUCUUCCCGCGGCGCCGACAGCAUCCAACCGCACCUGCCUCCACCGCCGUCACGAGUGUCGCCGCGGGCUCUCCGCGCCGCCGCUAGCCGCUCCGCAAGUCGUGCCAACAGCCCCGCCGAGGGCCCGCGCACCCCAGGCGGCGGCCUUCGCGUCGUCCCACCGCAGAUCCCCACGAGCCGCGCCAACAGCCGCGCCGCGACGCCGCGGACGCCUCGAGUUGGCAACGUCGUCGACGUGCCCCCGCUGUCGGCCCGCUCGCAGCCCGCCGGCGCGACUGCCGCGGAGCCGCUCAUCCCGCCCCGGGCGAACCGCCACAGCAGCCGCCAUGCCACGCCGCGCACGCCGGCGGAGCGCGCCGCCAGCGCGGACUCUCCGAUUGCGUUUGAGACGACUCCCGAUACCGCCACCAGCAACACCAUAUAUUUCCACGUUGACGACGCCAACGCGCGCACCGACGACACCAUCUCCUUUGCGGUCGACGACGACGCCACCGCGCCGCGGCGGACGGCUAGCCGCGGUGCCGCCUACCCGCACCGCCACCCGCAAAUCCCCUCUCCCUCCGCCCUUGUCGACAGCCCCACCUCUAUGACGACUGAUGAAAACGGUGAGCAGGUGAUGCGGCACCGUGCCAAGGUGCAGCUGACGAAAACAGCUGACGGGCAUCAGGCGUGGGUGCUCUUUAGUCCCCGCCUGGGCGAGAGCACCGCGGCGGCGCUGCAAGAGAUCCCGGCGCCACCCAAGCGGCUGUCGCAGCGUGCGCAGGACAUUCUGGCAGCGAAGCGGCGCGCGGUGGAGUCGGACGCAAAGAAGCGCCAUGCCGAGGCCAUCAAGCGCACCGCCGCCUCCGAGUCGCCGAAGAGUCCGGUAUUCCUGCAGGAGGAAGACGAGGGCACCAGUCGGAGCGCCGCCGCCGCCGCUGAGAGCGAGCUCCACUUUGAGAGUGCACCGCUUUCGGAGAUUAAGCCGCGGGCCCAGCGACGGGGGCCGAAGCAUCGCCCUGCGGCAGCGACCCGGAGCUCGAAGCGGCUCAGCAUUGCCCGCCGCACGCGGGUCCACUUGACCUUUCCGCCCACCGCCUGCUACUCGGAAGCUGCGGCCCAGCAACACGCAAAAGAGGCGCUGGCCGCCAACGACGCAGCGUGGACGCGGCACCCUUACGACGCUUUACAGAGUUGCGCCGGUGUGAUGCGCGCGAGCGGCGCCGCUUCAAGCUCUUUGGACACGGAGAAAGUUGUGCGCACGCUGCAGCCGGUCCAAGUGGCACCGACGGUAGGCACGACUGGCACGUGCCGCUGUGUGGUGUACGACCGCGACCAAGACGAUGCGCUACGUCAGCUCAUCAGCGACAGCAGCACUCAUGAGGAAGGCGUGCGCCGCUAUCUGAACCUGCAGCCGAUGCAGCUGGCGAACGUGGAGAUGCAGAACAUCGUCGACCCGCCGCUCGAGUCGCCCGCGGAGUCCGGCAACGUGUCCGAGGCGCACCAGCGGGUGACGGGCGAUCAGCGCGGGAUGGCCACUCUGGGAGGGCUGUGGUGCACCGCUGAGGCGCUCCGCGACGAUGGCCGCCCGGCGACCCGCAAGGACGGCCCUCCCUCGCGUCGCAUCCUGCGCAUCUGUGGCGGCCAGGCGCUCGGCGUGCCGCUGCAACCGGAGAGCGGCACCACGCUUGACGUCCGCUGUUAUGAGCUCCUCCUCUUUCCGCGCGAGUCGCUGAGCCCGUCGGCGGUGAAUUACGGCUCCGAGGGCUUGACGUUGGGCCAGCUCAUUGCCCCGCCCGCCUCCUCCCUCCCGCUGACGCCGCGCAUCGUGGACGACCUGGUGGCGCUGAAGGAGUAUAAGAAGCGCCUGCUGUCCACCAAGAACCGCCAAAUCACAAUUGUCAAUAAUGAGGACGACCGCGACACCUUCGCUGACGCCGUGGCAGCAGACACGGGCAAGGUUGGCGGCGGCCAGUACCUGACCUUGACAAUGGUGACCAUCAGCUCACGCCAGAAGUAUACAAUCGAACUGACGUUGGUGCUGCUGCCUUUCCGCUCCAACGGCAUCUACGGCGGCAAGACCGUCGCAGAGGUGCCACGAUUCUGUCCGACGACGGUGAUGACGUAUCGACGGUUGCAGGGCGUCGCAUUGUCCUUCUCGACAAAGUCUGCCUUCAUGUCCGCCUACAAGGCGCUGUUGUGGGCGACGGAAUGCGAUAUCGUCGACGUGCAGAACGGCGAAGGCGAGGAUGCCGCCAGCGCCGGCCUCGGCUACUCGAAGCUGCGGGUGUGCGCGACGUCGUCGCCGAUGGUGCCGUGGGUGUCGUCCUUCGGCCACGCGGCCGCCGACAAGCCGCGGGAGGAGACGUACCACGGCAACUGCCUCGACUUCGCGGUGCUGACGCUGGCGGCGCCACCGGAGGCGAUUCAGAAGACCGAGCCGGAGCCGCGCGAUCCGUUGACGCUGGAAGACUUCGUCAUGGACGACGCCGACGACGACGGCGACGACGCGGGCGACAAUGGCCCACGGAGCGAGCCGAGCGGGGCGACAGGCCGGCAACCGCGGCGCAGCUCCAUCUUCACGAACACCCUCGUCCCUGCUAAGAAGACCACCGACGACGCCGACGACGAGGAAGGCGCGAACGCGGCCAACGCCGACACCGUCGUUGGGCUGACGCCGUACGGUGCAAUUCGCCGCGCGGUGAACCAGACGACGUCGGAGGUGUUCGACGUGCGGGUGAUGCCGCGCAACCGAGGCCGCAUGGCGCCAACUUGGGACGCCGCUGCGGAUGUGGUGUGGAACGAGGCUGGGGGGCAGGCCGUCAAGGCCAAGCAGGAGCAACUUCUGCAACAGGACGUGGAGGCGGCCAUCAUGAUGGAGUACGCGUCCCGCCUGCCCUUUCAUUCGCGGGUGUACGGCGUCCUGGUCGAUGAGCAGCGGUACUACAUCUUCCAAGAGCCGUGGAUCUCGGCUCUGGCGCUGGAACAAUCCGUCACGGGUUCGCCCGAGCGUGACGCGGUGGAGUACAACGCGAAGCUGAAGAGCAUGACGGAGUCCACGGCGGUGAUGUCGCUGAAGGAUUUCAUGCACGCGAUUCUCCGCCCUGACGACAGGGCGCGAGGGAUGAAGGAGGAGGUGAGGCUGCAGCUCGCCCACGUCCUGGCCGCGCAGCUGCUGCUGCUCAUUACGUCGCUUCACGGUAAGGGCAUGCUUCUGGGACCGUGCCCUCCGCAGCGUCUUCUCGUUCGCGUCCAGAACGCGGACCAAGAUGCUGAGAAGGAAGAGGAGCAGGAGAGCGUUGCGGACACGCCUGACGACACGAAAAAGCAGAAGCGAGCGGCGCCGAAGGUGCCGUCGAGCAACAUUCAGCUGUUCGUGCCGGACCUCGGCGUGAACACGCUCGCCUGGGGCUACGAGCGGCAGCAGUGCGGCGUCCUCGAGUACCUGCCUCCCCUGUACGUGCUGGAGCAGAUGCUGAGCGAGUCGAUUGGCAAGAAGGAGCGUUCCUGGACGAUGCACGACGACUGGUGGACGUACCUGACGCUGUGCUUCGAGCUCUUUGCCGGCGACGGCACCGCAUUAGUGACGCCGAAGACGUCGCCGCCCGUCCCUACGCCGGCACCGACGCUGACAAAAUUCUUUUCCCCGGUGGAUAUCCUGGACGUGUGGCAGGAAGUGGUCGCGAACAGCAGCGGCGGUGUCGCGGGCACGGCAGCCGAGACGGUUGGCAUGCGUGUCCGGCGCUACGUGCACCAGCGCGUGCUGCGGAGCAUCAGCCGGUCUUUGGACAGUUGGAUAUUGACCAAGGCGGAGGAGCUAGAGUACUUUGGGACCACGGCAGCCCGGCGAGGACAUCGAGUAGUGCGAGCAGUGCCGCCGCCAUCGGGCUCGCAGGGACGCACCAUUGGCGUGUCGCUCGCCGCUGUCUACAUGCAAUCCGCGCGGGAGACGAGUGAGACCACCAGCGUUGCAUUUCAGACCGAGGACGGCGAGGGCGGGGAGGGGGCGCCGGAGAACGUCUUAGAAGAUAUGCCGUGGGUGUUCCAGGUGCGCGACUUCUUCGACGCCAUCUUGGACGCCGUGUUUGCGCGCAGCUUCUGCUCCGUGCACGGGCCCGCGCUGCGUCUCGUCUCGCACCCCUUCUUCCGCUGUGUCAGUCUGCCGCACAUCUUCGACGGGACCUUUGUCUUCUCUGCGACGGUCUCGCAAUUUGCGGCGCGGCAGCUGACCAAGUCGAAGGUGCAGACGGCGUUGCUGGCGUACCGCACACGCGCCUACCGCGGCCCGAUGGCGAUGCGUCCUGAGGUGCCGCUCAUGAUUACCGGGUCGGCCUACAACGCGCCCGGCGGAUCCAACGGCGGCGCGCCUUUGCUGAUGCUAUCCUCUCCAGCCAACCAGGAGGAGCAGGCCACACGUGAGCAGAGCGACAACUUCGACCAGCAUGGAGCGGCGACGGAGCCGAUGGAAGGCCUCGUUUUCAGCCGCAAGAACUCCCUGUCGCAAGGGCUGAACGGGGUGACCUCGCCACGCUCGCAGUCGCCGGCUGCCGCGACGUGGAGUCAGCAAAAGCUGCGCGCGAUGUACAACCCGGUAGAGUGGCAGUCCAUCGCUGCUCUCGAGACGGAGGUGCGAGGAGCACUGAGUGCGUAUGGCCCUCACGAGUCCGUCAGCGGCCACCGUGCUUCGGCCAACCGUGAUCACGCCUCCCAGCCUGUCACGAUCAACAAUCGAUCCAUGCAAUCGGCGGGCGCGGACACCCCUUCCGUCACUUCGUCUGGCCGUCGCCGCGACCCGCGCGAGUACGAAGAGGUCGUCGACUCUCGACCCCACGUCCGCCCCGCGCGUCGUGCCUCAAGUCGCGACUCACGCGGCAACGGUGUCUCCUCGCUGCCCGCCGAGGCCUACGACCUCUCUGGCGUCCCGUCUGCUGCCCCUCAAGAGACGUACAGCAGCCACUCGACGUACUCGCGCGACGGCUACCAACCAACGUCUGGCGAAGCGGCUGAGCGCGAUGGAGGGCAGCGCAGACACCGCGACCCUCAGCAGCCCCGCCACGCGCGCCGCUACAGUCACGCUAGCGAGAUUGAAAAGAGCCUCAACGAGCUCGCCGCGCACCACGCCCGGAUGCGACAGAACGGCGAAUCACCCCGGCAUCAUCACAGGGAGCGCGGCGGUGGCGGCGCCCGCGGAUACGAGACGGGCCACCCGGAGCUGCCGGGACAACAACAAAAGCCGCAGGACUCCCGCCCUUCGUCGAGGCACAGCAGCCGCCACCACGAGGGCAGCGGUCAUCACGCCUGGCCAGGCCAAUUCUUGGACGCGGCCACGCUGCAGAAGAAGGGCCAGCCGCAGCGUCUCGCAGACUCACAGAACGUCACGGCGGAUCGGCUUACACCCGGCACACCGAUGCAACGCUCGCAGCGCGAUGUCGGGGCGAACAGCCACCAGGGCUCCGACAAUGUACGUGCCCUCCACGAGAGCAGCAGCGAGGAGUCGUACGUGUUGGUGCCCUCUGACGGCGAGGUGGGCAUGGAACACGGCCACGGCUCCGCCCACCCGCCAAGCGGCAUGAGCCGUGAGAGUCCGGUGCCUCGCAACCCGCGUGGGUCGCACACCGGUGAAGGUGCCUCUGCUCGCGAGAGCUACUUGGCGUUCUAA